AUGGACGACCUCUCAAGCCUCGAUUGGUCCUCCAAGCCGACCGGCGGCCAGCCCAAGCCGCCUGUCAUGAACUCGGCCUUUGCAACGAUGCGACCUACACCAUCACCGUUGGGCUCGGGAACCAACACGCCUCUGUCCACACAGGGGUCUGGAUCUGUUGCCCCUAAACCAGCACCCCCGAAGCCAUCGCAGGAUAGCUUUAGCAAUUUGAUGCACUUUGGACCGGCCAAAACGAAACAGAACCUUAGUCUGGCGGAGCGACAGGCGCAACUCGAGGCUGAGAAGCGCCAGAAGGAAGCGGAGCGGAGGAAGCAGCAGGAGGCCCAGUUUGGCAAUGGCCAGUUCUGGGAUGCUCUUGGGAGCCGAGGCGCGUCGACGAGCCCUGCGCUGCAACCACCAGCAGCAGCCCCCAAGCCGAAGAGCGACGAUGACGAUCUCUUUGCCGCCUUUAACAAGGAUACCAAGGUCGAUAACGCAAGCUACUACCCCCCUCCUCCCGAAUCGCAGCGAUCGACACCCGCGAACGCUGCGCCGAUGAACUUGAGCGACCCAAGCGCCUGGAAAUCUACGAGUGGAACAACUGGGUCGAAUGGAGGGGCUUUUGGCGUGGAAGAUGACGAUCCAUUUGGCUUGAACCAGAUGAAGUCAGUCCCGGCUGCUGCACCUGUGACGCAAAAUGAUGACGAUGACUUCUUGGGAGAUUUGGGUCGUCCAGUUGAGGAGGUGCGCCGCGAGCAGGAGGCGAAGCGACCUCAGCCAGAACCUGGAAAGCCAAUUGAAGACGACGACUCGAGCUCCUCAGAGGAGUCGGUUCCCCAGGCGCGAGAGCAAUUUCCCGAGCGACAGCCCCGAGUCAACAAAGACCCAUUUGAUAGGGCGGUUGCGCAGUUGGUGGACUAUGGAUUCGCUGCCGAGGACGCUCGUCGCGCUUUAGUUGAAAGCGGUUCUGGGUACAAUGCUCAAGCUGCUGUGAACUGGCUUUUGGAUGAGGCGCACCGCAAAUCCAAGGAACAAGCGCAAGGGAAAACCUCUUCUGGGAGCUCAAGCCGUGCCGGAAGCCAGGCUCCAAGGAGCAACGACAGGUCACCGGCUAGGGGAGAUCAAGACUUGGGCAAGCAGGCUGCUGCGAUGGGAAAUAGCCUGUUUAAGACAGCCAACUCGCUCUGGAAGACUGGCCAAAAGAAGAUGCAGCAGGCUGUUGCGGACUUUCAGCAUGAAGGCGACCCUAGCCAACCUAAGUGGAUGCGGGAAGCUCAACAAGCCAGAGCACAAGGACCAGGCAAGGCGAGGGUAGACGCUACGGACGAAGCACUCAUGCUUGAGGCUGGUGGCCGUCCGCCACCUCGUCGAACCGCCAGCCGCCCUGCUGAGGCGAGAGCCUCUCCUCAACCGACAUCUCGAGGACAGUCGCCUGCUCACUCUGGGGGCAGCCGCGCCAGCCCUGCUCCUCGAUGGCAGCAGCAAGCCCAGCCUCCUGCGGCAGGGUUGGACUCCAGGUCUCGACUCAAUCGCCUGGCAGCUGAUGACGAUAGCUUCUCAAGCUAUAGUAGCCCUAAUAGGAGAAAGAAGGCUGCUUCACCGGCACCAGCACCUAAGCCUGCCGAGCCGGAACCUGACUUGCUCUUCAAUUCCCAGCAAGUCAAGUCCUCUCUUCCUUCGAGACCAGCUCAGCCAUCCCCUCGACCAACCCCAACCCCGCAAGCCAAGCGACCAUCGCCUCCGGCUCCAAGACCUUCGCCCCGACCUGCUCGAGAGAUUCCUUCUAUCAGCCCCGUUUCCCUGCAGACUUCAACACAGCACCGACUACAAGGAACAGCUCACUUCAAGCGCGGCGACUACGCAGCUGCUCACUCUUCAUACUCUUCCUCACUAUCGGCCGUCCCCCAGACUCACCCACUCGCUAUCCUUCUCCUUACCAACCGCGCCUUGACGGCUCUCAAAACCGGAGAGCCUAAGCAGGCUGUUGAUGAUGCUGAUAGUGCGCUGAAACUCAUUGGACCUGGUCUUGGCCAAGGGGAGACGGUUGCUGUGAAGAAUGAGAGUGGUGUAGACGAGAAUCGGGAUAUGAAGGAUCUCUACGGUAAGGCCUUGAGCAGGAAGGCCGAGGCUCUUGAACAAAUGGAGAAGUGGAGGGAUGCCGGAGCAGUCUGGCAGAUUUGUGUCGAGGGUGGUGUUGGCGGUACCAAUGCUAUCAAAGGUCGCCAGCGAUGCCAGAAUGCCCUUGCGCCCAAACCCAAGCCAACACCUAAGCCUGCGGCAGCCAAGCCUCGACCUCGGCCGUCAACAACUGCUAGCCUUGGGCCCCAGAAGAGCUCGGAGGCUGUCACUCGUCUGCGUGAAGCAAACGAGGCUGCGGCUCGAGAGGAUGACGAGAAGUUUGUGCUCUCAGAGAAGGUGGAUGCCAAGAUCUCUACCUGGCGUGACGGAAAGCGAGAUAACCUCCGGGCACUGAUUGCUAGUCUCGACACUGUCCUGUGGGAGGGUAGCGGGUGGAAGAAGGUUGGCUUGCAUGAGUUGGUUAUGGCCAACAAGGUCAAGAUCAAUUAUAUGAAGGCGAUCGCAAAGACACACCCCGACAAGCUUCCGCAAGACGCAAGCACCGAGGUGAGGUUGAUUGCAGGCCUGGUGUUUAGUACACUGAACGAGAGUUGGGACAAGUUCAAGGCGGACAAUGGACUGUGA